AUCGCGGCUCCGGAGCUCAAACACAACUGAAGGCGGCGGCGGAGCCACACAGCCGGAGCUCUCAUUCAUCCUCCUUCACCGAGCGAACCCGCUGUUGCUUCUGAAACUGGGAAUACACGUUUGAACUCCCCGCAUUUACAAGUGAUAAUGCAGCACUGAGAGACCGGAGCGGGGACGGACUGCCGGGUUUCACCUCCUCGGGUUUACUCUCAUGUUAAAGGAGAAAGUCUCGGCUGUUUGAAAGGCAGUUUCGCACAUUUUGGGAGAGGAUACGAGGGGAAUUCGCAGCUGGAUUACUGCUCGUUGAGGACAACAUGCCUCAGACUCCACCGUUCACAGGGCAGCUGAACACCAGCAGCUACAACAAGAACCUGUACCAGACCAAGGAGGAAGGCUACCCUGGCCUCUAUUAUCAUGACAACAACCUGGUGUCCGGGUCCCUGGAGGCCCUCAUUCACCACUUGGUCCCAACUGUAGAUUAUUAUCCAGAUAGGACGUACAUCUUCACCUUCCUGCUCAGCUCUCGCCUCUUCAUCCACCCAUAUGAACUCAUGUCCAAGGUGUGCCACCUGUGCAUGGAGCAACAGCGACUCAGCGAUCCCCAAGCUGACAAGAUGAGAGUCAGGAAGAUUGCUCCCAAGAUCCUUCAGCUCCUCACAGAGUGGACGGAAACCUUCCCGUAUGACUUCAGAGAUGAGAGGAUGAUGCGCAGCCUGAAGGAGCUGACCCACCGGCUGGCCAGUGGAGACGAGUGGGGACAGAAGCUACGGCAGAUGGUUGACUUUGAAGUGGCAACUGGACCGAUUUUCACUGGUGGUGUGUCUCGCUGUUGUCCAACUGUGCAGGAGUGUGGUCGAGCGUUAGCUGUUUACAGGAAGGCGGUUGGCCAGAUGAGCCAGGGCCUGAUCAGGAGGUUGACGGUGCUCAGCCAGUACGAGGAGGCGCUGGUCAAGAUCAACGCCACCGCGGCCGAGCGACUGACGGCUCUGAAGGCGAAGCCUCAGGCGGCCAUCCAGAGAGAUAUGCUGUCCAUCUGCAACGACCCCUUCACUGUCGCCCAGCAGCUCACGCACAUAGAACUGGAGAGACUGAGUUACAUCGGACCUGAAGAAUUCGUCCAGGCCUUCGUCCAGAAAGACCCUCUGGACAACGAUAAGAGUUGCUUCAGUGAUCGCAAGAAGGCCAGCAACCUGGAAGCUUAUGUUGAAUGGUUCAACAGACUCAGUUAUCUGGUGGCUACAGAAAUCUGCAUGCCUGUGAAGAAGAAGCACCGAGCCCGAGUCAUCGAGUUCUUCAUCGACGUGGCGCGUGAAUGCUUCAACAUUGGCAACUUUAACUCCCUCAUGGCCAUCAUCUCUGGGAUGAACAUGAGUCCUGUGUCUCGGCUGAAGAAGACCUGGAGUAAAGUCAAGACGGCCAAGUUUGACAUCUUAGAACAUCAGAUGGAUCCUUCCAGCAAUUUCUACAACUACAGAACAGCACUCAGAGGAGCCACACAGAGGUCGAUCACUGCCAACAGCAGCAGAGAGAAGAUUGUCAUCCCUUUCUUCAGCCUGCUCAUAAAAGACAUCUACUUCCUCAAUGAAGGCUGUGCCAACAGGCUGCAGAACGGACACAUCAACUUUGAGAAAUUCUGGGAACUCGCCAAACAAGUGAGUGAAUUCAUGACCUGGAAGAAGGUGGAGUGUCCGUUUGAGAAGGAUCGCAAGAUCCUGCAGUACCUGCUGACUGCUCCAGUCUUCACUGAAGAUGCAUUGUAUCUGGCAUCAUAUGAGAGCGAAGGCCCUGAGAACAACAUGGAGAAGGACAGAUGGAAGUCUCUGAGAUCCACUCUGCUAAGCAGGGUCUAAACUUCUAAACUGAAGAAGCCAGAUUGAAGACAAACCCCUGACAAGCAAGCCGUGCCCUCUCAGCGCCGCUGUUGUCCAAACAAAGUAUCCCAGUGUUUGAAGGGAAUCGACAAUCUCUACUUUGGCUCGCGAGGACCUUUUGUGUUCCCUCCAGCUUCAGAUUUCUAUUAAGCUCUGCUUUUCCUUACCCUCUCGCUCUUUGUGCUGUAUAUUUCAGGACAGCUGGUUUUUUCAUCUCUUUGUAUGACUUUGGAGAGUCUUUUUUUAAAAAAGAACCACCACCACAAACCUUCAUGAUAAAAGCCAAGGGAGGUGCUUUUCCUUGUCCGAAGCAUCUCGCCCUGAUUAACCUUCUGUGAGCGUUAACAGAGUUGUUGGGGUUGUUUGUUCCCCCAGUUUAACACAUUUUUUUCCACGGAAACUACAAAGUUAGCUGCUGGUUGGCUAACACAACAGAAACGCUACUCUCUGGUUCCACAAGCCAGCAUUCUCUGUACGGAGAAGUCGAACCUUAACCCGCAACACUGUUGUUUAUCAUUAAGCUAGCCAUUAUUUGUAGCUUUGUUUCGUCUCUUUCCUUUGGUAUGAUACCUGAGUAUCUUUCGCUUCAUGUUUCUGAAGAUUUUGUUAAUUGUGAUGUGGAAGAGAAAAUGCACUGGCUGCAUUUUAAAGAUGAUGUAACUGAGUUGUUUUUUUUUGUUUGUGUUGUAUAAAGUUGUGUGAUCUUCUUAAGCAGGAAGCAACACUUCCUUGUUGUUUGUCUUUGACCCACUCAGAGGCCUCAGUGUGCUUCAAGCAAAGUGUUUCUUUUAUGGCUGAGCAGCAUCUGACACCCCACUUGUUCAGUAUCUUUCCAAAGCAGGAAUAAGGGUUUAAGAUGCUGUUCGAUGCUCUGACAGGCACUUUGUUUGAGGCAUACCGAGGCCUUCAGCAGUGAGCUUAAAUGGAAGGUGUGAUGAUGUGUGUUUCCUGUUGUUCCUGAUAAUCGGUGUUAAAAUAGCCCUCUGCUGCUGAGAAGAUAAGCCAGGCUGUGGGCUAACAUGCAUACUUUCCCCUUUUUGUUCCUGCUCUACCUGCUAAUGUAGAAAAUGAGUGUGGUUGUGCUGCCCCCUGGUGGUUCAGUUGCAAAAGUGAAUGAAUUUGUGUGGUUGAAUAAUGUGAACUGAAGAUUUGUUUAAACCCUUAACAGGCUAAAUAAUAUCCUUUUUAUGUUUUUAUUUUUCAUAUUAUUAAAUGUGUAGUUUCCUUCCUGUUUGUUUUAUUUAUAAAUCUAUAAGUUUAGUCACACUUUGUCUUCAUGCCAAUAUUUACUAUUAUUUUAUUGUUAUUUAAUUUUGUACUAGGUACAUAACAUGCUUAAGUAGUCCUCAGAUAUUGGCUUGAUUAUUAUUUUUUUAUACAAGUUUGUAUGAGACACUUAUUUGUUGAGGUACUACAGAGUAUGAAGUUAAAUAUAUUUGACUGAUGUCUGCUUUGCCUUGACUGCUCCUCUCUCACCACAGAGUGCUGUUGUGUUUUAUUGUGUACAUACUGUAUGUUUCUUUUUUCCCCUCGCUGUGUUCAUCCAUUUGUAUUUGGACUGUUAAAAUUGAAUAGAGGAACCGUUUAUAAAGUUAGUUGUGUUUAAAAGAGAAAGUUAAUAAAAGAAUGUUUAAAAUUA